GAAAAGUUGAUGUCAGAUUUGUUUUUUUUUUCUUCGUGUAUUUUCCUUGCGUUGUAGUUGUUGGAAUUUGGAAAACUAGCUAUUUACUAGUUGAUCGCAGUUAUCGCACUAUUUCUCUACUUUUAACCUCUCGUAGAGCAGUGAAUUGUUCAAAUAGAAUUUAACGCUUGCAAUAAUUUGCAGCAUUUUGCGUCUGUGACUUUGCGCUUGAUCCGACUGCCGGCUUGAAUUUAUAAAAUUCAGAUAUUCUGUAAAUUAGCCUACCUAACAAUGAACAGGACACUGAGAAUAAAACAUAAUUUCAUUGAUGCAGUGCGACUUUACAUUCGAGGUGGCCCUGGUGGAGCAGGCUUGCCUAAAUAUGGUGGAAUUGGUGGACAAGGGGGCAAUGUUUAUGUGGAGGGCAAAAAUGAUCCAGUGAAACUCUAUGAUCUUAGAUCACUGCGAGAUUUGAAUGGACUGAGGGGUGGAAAUGGAGGUGCAAGCUCUCAGUUCAGCUUGGUUGGACGUAAUGGCAAAGAUGCAAUCAUCCAUGCCCCUCCAAGCACAGUAUGCAUCACUGAAGCAGGCACCUUGCUAGGAGAAAUCUAUGAGGAGGGGGACAGAGUUCUUGUGGCCAGAGGUGGUGAUGGAGGAAGCCCCACCAAUGGCUUUAUGCCACAACUAGGGGAGAAACAUCAUGUGAAAAUCAUAAUCAAGACAAUCUCUGAUGUGAGUCUAGUUGGUUUCCCAAAUGCUGGAAAAAGCACAUUACUCAAAGCCAUUGCUCGUUCCCGGUUCAAACCUCGGAUUGCUGCAUAUCCAUUUACAACUCUGUCACCGCUGAUGGGGACUCUGGAGUAUCCUGACUUGCGGACCAUCAGCAUUGUCGACCUGCCAGGCCUCAUAGAAAUGGCACACGCCAACCGAGGUCUUGGGCACUCAUUCCUGCGUCAUGUUGAGCGCACCAAAAUACUUCUCAUCAUGAUCGAUGUGCAGGGAUUUCAGUUAGACCAUAAAAACCCAUACAGAACUCCACUUGAAACUUUCUUGUUGCUCAACAAAGAGCUGGAGCUGUACGAUCCUCUGCUUGUUUAUAAGCCUGCUAUGGUGUUGAUCAACAAAAUGGAUACUAAAAAUGCUACCGCUAUUUACGAUCGUCUGGUGCAUGAUCUACAAAAUAUCAAAGAUGUCUUACCUACGCUACCAGAGGAGAUGCGGCCAAAACAGCUGCUUCAAGUGCAGGAAAUUGCCGGCGUAAGUGCCAAAAAGAACGAAAAAAGCGUUGCUUACGUCAAGGAUCGGAUUCGAGUCCUACUAGACCUCUACACUGAUGAGCUGUGUGCAGAAAAUGCAACGGAUCUCGCCACUGUUGACAAUUCUAAAGAUGAGAAGCUGUUUUUAAAUAAAUUAAAGGAACACAACGUGAAGUUGGUGUGAAAGGAACUGUAUUCACUGUAUGUUCUGUCGCCAUUUUUUUAAUUGGUAAGAAGGUUGCGUCUCGAGACGUUUAAUUGGUCUUCUCUCCUAAAUUGAGGGAAUACUACGCGAAAAUGAUUUGGUGGGUGGAUGAGAGGCAAGUCGUUUUUCUCGAAUCAUUAUAGUUAGGUGUGUAGUGUGUUGGUUACUAGCAGCUGCAGACUGGUUUCAAAAUGAGUAAUGCAAUAACUUAUUUUGAUUAUAGAGGUACAGUGGCGUCUGGAUGUCAAACACAAGAGUGGCAUACUUAUUGUAAUACCUUAAUGCAUGCCUUGGUUUACGGUCAGAAAUCCAACAUUCAGCCUUCAAUUCUUUGCGCAAUUCGUCAUGUUGCGCUGAAACUGAGCAUUAUGGUGUCAAGAUGAUGUACAGGUAUCUGAUACUAGCCGUAUGAAGCGUCAAACUUCUUGCUGCUAUUAAUUAUAAAUGUUGAAAA